AUGAGCGAUCAACAGACGGAAAUGAAGAUUGAUCCGGCACGGGCGGCAGCCCUCGUCUCGCAGCUGCAGGCCGUCCAGGAGCGGAUUGCUGCGGUGGCCAAGGGGCGGGCCGUUCGGCUCGUCGCCGUGUCCAAGCUCAAGCCGGCCAACGACAUUUUGGCGCUGCAUGAGUCGCCGCUGAAGCACACUCACUUUGGUGAGAACUAUGCGCAGGAGCUGGCGCAGAAGGCCAAGAUGCUGCCGCGCAGCAUUCAGUGGCAUUUUAUCGGCGGGCUGCAAUCUGGCCGCUGCAAAGAACUAGCCCGGAUUCCCAACCUCUGGUGCGUGUCGAGCAUCGACUCUGUCAACAAGGCUCAGCUCCUCGAUAAGCAUCGCGGCGAGCAGAUCAAGGCGGAUCCGAGCAUCGCCAAGAUCAACGUUCACGUGCAAGUCAACACGUCGGGCGAGGAAUCCAAGUCUGGGUGUGCGCCGGGAGAAGAGGUAGUCAAGGUUUGCAAGGCCAUUGUCAACGAGUGCCCGAACUUGAAUCUGCUGGGUCUGAUGACUAUCGGCGCGAUUGCCAGGAGUGUGGCGACCACACCGGAGAAUGAAAAUGAAGAUUUUGCGCUGCUGAAGGAGCAGAGGGAUCUGGUGGCUAAGGAGCUGGGGAUUGAGAGUGAAAAGUUGGAGUUGAGCAUGGGUAUGAGCGAGGACUUCGAGGGUGCUAUUGCUAUGGGGAGCAGUGAGGUCCGGAUCGGGAGCACCAUCUUUGGGGAGAGGCCGGCGAAGGCUGAUGCGAAAUUGGUGGUAUAG